GUGGCCGCUGUCGCCGUGGUCGGGGGCGCGAUGGCGGGGCCCGCGUGGAUCUCCAAGGUCUCUCGGCUGCUGGGCGUGUUCCACAAACAAAAACAGGUGACCAGAGCUUUUGCUGGUGGCGGCCAGACAGUGACUCUGAUCCCCGGAGAUGGCAUCGGCCCGGAGAUCUCGGCCGCAGUGAUGAAGAUUUUUGAUGCCGCCAAAGCGCCCAUCCAGUGGGAGGAGCGGAACGUCACGGCCAUCCAGGGCCCUGGAGGGAAGUGGAUGAUCCCGCCCGAAGCCAAGGAGUCCAUGGACAAGAACAAGAUGGGCCUGAAAGGCCCCUUGAAGACCCCCAUAGCCGCGGGCCACCCGUCUAUGAACCUGCUGCUCCGGAAGACCUUCGACCUGUACGCCAACGUGCGGCCGUGCGUCUCCAUCGAGGGCUACAAGACGCCCUACACCGACGUGAACAUCGUCACCAUCCGCGAGAACACGGAGGGCGAGUACAGCGGCAUCGAGCACGUGAUCGUGGACGGGGUGGUGCAGAGCAUCAAGCUCAUCACCGAGGAGGCCAGCAAGCGCAUUGCUGAGUUUGCCUUCGAAUACGCGCGCAACAACCACCGCAGCAAUGUCACCGCCGUGCACAAGGCCAACAUCAUGCGAAUGUCAGAUGGGCUUUUUCUGCAGAAAUGCAGGGAAGUGGCAGAAAACUGUAAAGAUAUUAAAUUCAACGAGAUGUACCUCGACACGGUGUGUCUGAAUAUGGUGCAAGACCCGUCCCAGUUCGACGUCCUGGUCAUGCCGAACCUGUACGGGGACAUCCUCAGCGACCUGUGUGCAGGGCUGAUCGGGGGGCUCGGCGUGACACCCAGCGGCAACAUCGGCGCCAACGGGGUGGCCAUCUUUGAGUCGGUCCACGGCACGGCGCCGGACAUCGCAGGCAAGGACAUGGCCAACCCCACGGCCCUGCUGCUCAGCGCUGUGAUGAUGCUGCGGCACAUGGGCCUCUCCGAGCACGCAGCCAAGAUCGAGGCUGCCUGCUUUGACACCAUCAAGGCCGGUCAGAGCCUCACGAAAGACCUGGGCGGCAGCGCCAAGUGCUCGGACUUCACGGAGGAGAUCUGCCGCCGUGUGAGGGACCUGGACUAGCCGGCGUGUGGUCAGCUCGGCUGUGGCGCUGCCCGUACAGCUGCCCGGCCUGCUUUCAGAGAACCUCUCCAAGUGCUCGUUUUAUUUAUUCAGCGUCCACCUGUGUAUGUUUUUUGUCAACUCAGUGGACUGCACCGGUUGCCGCUGUCGGCCAUUUACACUUGGGCUAAGUUCCCUGAGCUGUAAAUACUCUGGUGCGGAGUUAAUAAGAGAAAAUCUAACUUUUUAAAGAAAACCCUGUUUCCUGGUUCAUGAAAAACAUGGCAGAAGGCGGGAGCAGCUGUGAUAGCACCGGGGCAGCCCCGGGCAGCGGGGGGCCGGCGCGAGGGGGCCGGGGGGCUCCUGUGACCGAGCAGGUGGGCGGAGGCCGCUGGCCGCGAGCAGACAGACCGCGAGGUGCGCGCAAGGCCGUUCGCGAGCGCAGAGACGACACUCGGGCCGAGGACUGCCCACCUCCCGCCUCACCUUGACGUCGGCUCUUCACGGGAGCUCUGCGGACGGGCGCGCUACCCUCCUCUGCCCUGGACACGCUCCGCGUCGGCUGCCUCUUGGUCCCCCGAGCCCGGCCCCCCUCGGCCCCGGGGGGCCACAGGCUUUCGGGUCCCCGCCGCCCCUCGCUGCCCUGGUCGCACCCGGGCCGGCCUCGCUCAGGCUGGCGCAGACGCGUAGCCUCACUGUGUUUCAGUCGCUGCUUCCCGUGCGCUGGCUUGUGCUACUCACCUCGCUCUCGGGGUCGUGCUAAUAAAGACUAAACCCACCACAC